AUGACACAAAAUCAAAAAGAACAAUACAAGUACUUCGGAGACAAUAACAGACGCUGUUCUCGAAAAAAAGAGUACGAAACUUAUCAGAUAAAUAAAGUUCGAGUCAACGUUUUUAAGAAUCAAAGAAAUAACUGGAUGCAAGAAAAUACGGAGAAAGGCAAGAAAGUUAAUCAGGCAAAGCCUCUUCUCCGUAUUCGUCACGAUUCACAGCGACAUCUUCAAAAUUUAAAAAUCUAA